UUCAUGGUGGCUUGUUCUUUCAGGAGAAGCUUAAUGUCAACAGUAUGGGGCAUCAGGUGAUAAUAUUUGACUUUUCUCUCAUAAGAGGACUGUGGGAAACUCGAGUUAAGAAGAACAAAGAACGUCAGAGAAAAGAGAAAGAAAGAUUAGAAAAAAGCUCAUUGGAGAAGAUAAAGCAGGAAUGGAAUUUCAUAUUAGAGUGCCGGAAGAAAGGUAUUCCUCAAUCAAAAUACCUCAAGAAUGGCUUUGUAGACACUGAUAAGAAGAUUCUGGACACUUAUGGAAAGACACCUCACCUGCAGAAGAAGCGUGUUUUGCCAGAUGAAGCAAAUAAGGAAAGAAACAAGUUUAUUUUUCACCUUUCUGGAGAACAGUGGACGGAAUUUCCAGAUUCGCUGAAAGAACAGAUCUACCUGAAAGAGUGGCAUGUGUGCAAUACAUUGAUACAAACCAUUCCAGCCUACAUUGCAUUAUUUCAAGAUCUGACAGUACUGGAGUUGUCAAAAAAUCGAAUCAACCAUCUCCCAGUGGAAAUUGGCUGCUUAAAAAAUCUCAGAGUGCUCAAUGUGAGUUUCAAUAAUUUGAAGUCAGUUCCUCCAGAACUGGGUGACUGUGAGAAUCUAGAAAAACUGGAUUUGUCUGGAAAUAUGGAAAUAACAGAGCUCCCAUUUGAACUAAGUAACCUGAAACAAGUCACAGUUGUGGACGUGUCAGCAAACAAAUUCCAUUCUAUUCCAAUUUGUGUACUUCGGAUGUCUAAUUUGCAGUGGUUGGAUAUUAGCAACAACAACCUGAAAGACCUCCCUGAAGACAUAGACAGGUUAGAUCAACUUCAGACACUUCUCCUACAGAAAAACAAGUUGACUUAUCUUCCACGAGCUCUCGUCAAUAUGCCAAAGCUCAGUUUGCUAGUUGUCAGUGGUGAUGACCUGGUUGAGAUACCCACUGCUGUCUGUGAGUCAACCACAGGUUUAAAAUUUGUAAGUCUCAAGGACAGCCCAGUUGAAACUAUUGUAGGCAAAGACACUGAAGAAAUUGUAGAAAGUGAACGUGAACGUGAGCAAUUCGAGAAAGAGUUUAUGAAAUCAUACAUUGAAGACCUAAAAGAAAGGGAUUCUGCUCCUUCCUACACUACAAAAGUAUUAUUCAGUCUUCAGCUCUGAAGAAUAGAAAUCUCUAAAUCACAAGUUAACAUCAGAAUAACUCUAUUACUAUCCAUC